AUGGCCCAUCUCGAAGCGCGCAAGCACAUAUCCCCUGAUUCAGGUUUCCCCAUCACCCUCCACCCCAACUUCAACCCCAAAAUCAAGCACCAUGUCCCUCCAGACUCCAUUCGGGAACCGUUCAACCCAUCAAAAGACCGAGCACUCUUCGCCGACCCUGAAAAGAAAGCUCUAUUUUCUGUGGCCAAGCCCGUAGACCUGACUGAGUCAGUCGGCACCCUUCUUGAGAAUGUGCAACUGUCUCAGCUGAAUGAGCAGCAGCUGGAUGAAUUGGCUCUUUUGGUGACCGAGAGGGGUGUGGUGUUUUUUAGGGAUCAGGACUUAACGACGGAAAAGCAAGUUGAGUUAUUUCAGCAUUACGGAAUUCUCGAUAAGCAUCCUGCCCAGAAGUUCGUGAAUAUCCACGGUAGCCGUGAGGAUCAUCGCGAGAUUGCCAAUUACACCCCAUGGCCGAGUGGCGAGUUCCACGCAGAUACGUCGUUUGAAAUUAACCCGCCAUCAUAUUCCCUACUGAGAAUGGAAGAGCAUCCAGACGUCGGAGGCGACACUGCUUGGGUCUCCCAGUACGGCCUAUACGACGCUCUCAGCGACGCUUACAAGAAAUUCCUCGAUGGCCUCCACGCAGUACACACCUCUAGACUCCAAUAUGACACAAUCCUUGACCUCUGGGGCGUCGGUCCAAACAGACCACCCAUCGACACCCACCAUCCCGCCGUUCGAACACACCCAGUCACCGGACUGAAAGCCCUGAACGUGAACACGGGGUUCGUAACCGGCUUUGCAGAACUCAAGAAACUCGAGUCAGACAAGCUUCUGGAUUUCCUAUCGCAUCAUAUCCAUUCCGCUGAUGAUCACUACGUGCGUUGGAAGUGGGCUGUUGGUAGUGUUGCGAUGUGGGAUAAUCGGUGUACCGUUCACCGAGUGAUCCCCGGAAGGUAUAAAGGGAACAGACGAGGAAUUCGCACAACCGUCUUCGGUGAGAAGCCUUAUUUUGAUCCGGCAAGUGAGAGUCGAGAUGAGCGCAAUUUGCGCGAAGAGAAGAACUCCAAUGGGGACGCUUGA